AUGGUGAAAGACAGAAAUCAUCUCAAUAAACUUUUACUCUGUAUCAAACAAGCAACACACUUUUACUGGAAGAUGAUGUCCAACUCAGGUAUUAAUGUACUUCUUGUAUGGAAUUUCUUCUAAAAGCGUUUUAAAUCCUUGUAAUGUUGUAACAUGUAGUGUUUUUGACAUAUAGGAAAUUCAUAUGGCAACUAUUUUGACCCAGCCAGAGAUUGUUCGUCCAUACUGGACAAAAUUCCCGAUGCCAAAACUGGAGUAUAUUGGAUUAAAACUGACAAUGGACCGAGAAAGGUAAAGAAUAUUUAAUAGAUAAAUAGUUUUGGCUCACGUCAUGCUGACUGUUUGUGCAAAUGUUCCGGCUUAUCCGUAUUUAUCAUAAAUAAGCUUAUUCGGAUUUUUAAUAAAAUUGUAUAAAACGUGAACCGUUAUCCGAAUUUUGAAGCAAAAUAUUUUCGAGCCAGUGACCUUCUCUGGUCGAGUAGCCAAUCAGAAUGCUAAAUUUUGUGAUAGACCACGGUUGAGUGUAUACUAACAAGAAUGAUUUACUGGACACGGAGAGAACAGAACUGGUGAAUUAGCUCAUAAUCGAUAGCUCUGUUCUUCUUCAUAUAGGCUUGGUGUGAUUUGGUUACAGACGGCGGGGGAUUUUUGUUGAUAGGUGUUCAAAAUUCAUCAAGAACCAUGGAUGUUCCUUCUGAUUCUACACUUGUCCAUCCACUGGACCUCAGACACUGGUCCAGCAGCUUUGGCGAGGAAAAGAUUUUGGACUUCAGGGUUCAAAUUGCAACCUCUAAAAGCUGGUCCGACACAAAAGCACACUGGUAUAUUUUGUUCACCUUCAGGAAACGUAGCUAGGAAACAUCUCUCCUGGUUUGUCCACCUUCAGGAAACAUUGCUAGGAAACAAUGUUUCCUGGUUUGCUCACCUUCAAGAAACAUGGCUAGGAAACAUGUUUCCUGGUUAGUCCACCUUCAGGAAACAUGCCUAGGAAACAAUGUUUCCUGGUUUCUUCACCUUCAGGAAACGUAGCUAGGAAACAUCUCUCCUGGUUUGUCCACCUUCAGGAAACAUGGCUCGGAAACAUUGUUUCCUGGUUUGUCCAUCUUCAGGAAACAUGGCUAGGAAACAAUGUUUCCUGGUUUGCUCACCUUCAAGAAACAUGGCUAGGAAACAUGUUUCCUGGAUAGACUAUCUUCAUCACAACAUUGGUUAAAAUGAAAUCUUAACCAUUUUGUAGGUACUAUCGUUUCAAUACGCCAAGGAAACUGUCAAAACUUCUUCUCUUUAAUGAUGGAAAUUGUGACAAUAUUUAUCCCGGUGUCGGAGACGUGAAAUUUGUGAAAGAUCUUCAAGACAAUGUUGUGGUCACAAAAAAAAUUGAAUGCUCGCGCUUUGAUGUUCAUUUUCACAAAAGUCUGGGAUGGGUUAGUACAAAUAAAAUUGGGGAACUAGCGCAAGAACUAAUUUGUGUCUCGAUUACCUGAAAAAAGACUAAAACCGCUUGGAUGAAUUAUCUAACGGAUAAACUAAAUACAUGUAUAUAUUUUUAGGGUAAAAUGAAUGAAUGCUUUCGAACUCCGUGCAAAACUGGUUUCAAUCAUCUUAAGUUGGCAACUUCAGGAGCUUUCAGGUAAAAACAACUUAGAAUCAAUCUUUAAAUUUUAAAGAACCUGGAACGAUCCAUUUUAUGUCUUCUUUCACUCUUAGUUUCAGUGUGGAAUCAAGUAAAUCUGGGAUAAUAAAUAAUUCCACAAAAUAUAUCGGAUGUGAAAAAAACAAGGUAACUCUUCCUAAUCCUUGCAAUGCUUAAUUAUCCUAAACAUAAUCCUUGUGACGUAAUUCAGAAUACGUCAAAACAACGAGUGACUGGAUGACAUGGAGAACAGUGGGAUUUACAAAACAAUGAAAAGACAAUGGAACAUUCUGAUCCCUGAAUCAUGACUGGAUGACAUGGAGAACAGUGGGAUUUACAAAACAAUGAAAAGACAAUGGAACAUUCUGAUCCCUGAAUCAUGACUGGAUGACAUGGAGAACAGUGGGAUUUACAAAACAAUGAAAAGACAAUGGAACAUUCUGAUCCCUGAAUCAUGACUGGAUGACAUUAGUAACCAUCCAAAGCCCAUAUACAACGUUAUUCUAGCUUAAGAACGAACUGAGGUUGACAUGGGUUGAUUUUUGUUGUUAUAGUGUUGUGUUUGCUACGGGCCCUCCAGUGACAAAGAUUACUGUGCCCCAGGCUGCAAGGCGAUCAACGGAGGGACAGUACUGACAGAUGACGACACCGAGAUCCAUGCGUGGUACUGGAUACGAACCUCGUUACCAAAACGAGUUUGGAAGAAAUGUAUGGAAUAUGAGAAAAUUGAAGGAGGGAAAACUGUCAAAUGGCAUGUAGAUGAACAUAACAAAGUUCCUCAACAGGUACAUACUUAGUCUCCCGCGCUGCCGCUGUUUGAGAUACAUACGUAGCGGGCUAUGGUUCCAAACCAAGGAACCAACUCAUUGGCUGAGCUUAUGUCCAUGAACAUAUCAAUUUUGAAACGAUAUUUUCCUAUUUAUAGGGGCCUUGUUCGUAUCCAGGAGAUGUGAGAUUUAAUGAUGGAGUACGUACCAUGUCAUUUAAUGAGUUGCCAUUUUAUUCAACACAUUAUAUUACACACGUAAAAACACACAAAUUGUUACAUGUCUGCAAACAAGUUGUUACAAAUCUGUUCAGAAGCUGUCAACAAGUUGUGUUCGCACUGCUUGUUCCCAGAUGUUGUAACAAUUUUGGAAGAAGCUGUUAACAACUUGGAACAAGCUUGAUGGCAUUAUCAGACUUGUUACAAGUUGUUAUAACAGGCCUGAUAUGGUCAUAUAACAAGAAUGUUACAAUGUAGACGACACAAGGUUAUUAUUAUCACGAUUAUUGUGUUAUUAUUUAUUGACGAUAUCCACGUAAACUUUUCAGGUUGCAGUGGUUGAUAAUAAAGAAACAUUGGAAAAACUGCCAAAUAUCGAGGGCCUUCUAUCUUAUCGAACAGAUAACAAAGAUUUGUUACUGAGAGGAAAACAUUCCUGGAACAGAAUGGCGAAGGAAAACCAGGUCACAAUACACUCUUCCGGAAAGUGCUCAGGCUUCACAGCCUCGUUUUCGCGAUUGAGUUGUUGGGUUCAGAGCAUUUUAACCUGUUAAACACCUUUAUAUAACAAGAUCAUCAGUAACAAGAUACAGGGUGUUAAAGCUGAUAUCUCAAUCACGAGAAUGAGGCUCUAUAGCCAAGGAUAAGUACUUUCUGAAAGGCGUAUUUUAAUCUUUAGUUGUCUACCUGGACAAACAGAGACAGACAGCCUGACAGACACACUGACUAGACAAACAAGUGACCGUUAAUAUGCUAUGCAAGGAAACGCUCGAAUUCGUCAAAUAACAUUGGGAUGCAUUCAAAUGUUUCCAUUUUUCAAUAGAUUCUGAAACUAGAAGCUGUUCUCGGAACGUCACAAAGGAAAUUAGAAAAAGUCCAAACGUCACAAAACGAACUGCGAAAAGAAUUGACUGAAAGUAAACCUAAAAUAUCUGAUGUAUCUUCCAAGGUGUUGAAACUAGAAGCGGAACUCGGAACUUCACAAAGGAAAUUAGAAAAAGUCAAAACUUCACAAAACGAACUACGAAAAGAAAAGACUGAAAGUAAAGCUAAAAUAUCCGACUUAUCUUCCAAGCUGUUAAAACUAGAAGCGAAACUCGGAACUUCAAAAAGGAAACUACGAAAAGACUUGACUGAAAGUAAAGCUAAAAUAUCUGACUUAUCUUCCAAGCUGUUGAAACUAGAAGAAGGUAUAUUUAAUAACGUUACCACAUUAUAAACAAAUAGCUCAGAGUUGGUUUUUGGACAAAACUUCCUGACCUGAUCCAAUCUAGUUUUAAUCAAACUCUUAAUCUGAUUCAAUAAAUACCAUCUUAUUUAUCUAAACUGUCAGUUACAAAACUCUAGAAAUAAAUACGUUGUUUCUUAUUCGUGUUUAGAAAACAAAAUAUAUUCGUCCUGCAAAAGUGCUUUGGAAAAAAUCGGGUGAGGACUUUGUUUAUGAUGGAACAAAUUUCAUUUUUUUAUAAUCUUUUCUUAUUGUAUGGUUUUAUUUUAGUAAUGCGAAACAUGGUGUGUAUAAAAUUAAAAGUCUCUCGGUUGCCUACGGCUAUUCCAAUGUAUAUUGUCACAUGACAUCGAUGCCCGGAUGUUCAGGUGGAGGAUGGACUUUAGUCAUGAAAAUCAACGGAAAAAAGGUGAAUUACUAGUUAAGGUGGCGAACUGCUGUUUUUUAAAGGCUUGUUGUCGUUGCUGCUGCUGUUGUUGUUGUUGUUGUUGUUGUUGCUGUUGCUGUUGCUGUUGUUGCUGUCGUUGUCGUUGCUGGUGUCGUUGCUGCUGGUGUCGUUGCUGCUGGUGUCGUUGUUGUCGUUGUCGUUGUCGUUGUUGCUGUUGCUGUGUACAGAUUGUUUUCGAGCUGUAAAUAUAGAUGCUAUUUUGUAGGAAACAUUUCAUUAUGGUUCCAGUUACUGGAACAACAAGGCAACAUACAAUCCAGGAGGCCUGACGGGAUUCGAUGACGUGGAAACAAAACAAGCAACAUACUGGAACACACCGUUCAAAGAAAUAUGUUUAGGAAUGAAAGUGAACAACAACCUAAAUUUUAUAUCAAUCUCAUAUCAAGCAUCUUCAUUGUACAACGUAAUUGCAGAUGGCAGUUAUCGUUCUACCAGCAUACCUGUAGGACGAUCAAAAUGGCUGUCUUUGGUGCGAGGUUCUGCUUUGCAAUCAGACUGCAACCGAGAGGGAUUUAACGUACAUCCACCUCCUCACCCACGUUUCACUAACCUACAAGCAGUCCGCAUAGGAAUACUAGGAAAUGAAGGUGAUGAUGGUUGCAAAUCCCCAGAUUCAUACCUUGGAUUUGGUGGCAUCGCCAAAAACAAGCGUGGUUAUUGUGGGAUGCCAAAAACAUCAAAUACAUGUGGCAAUGCCGGUUACUGCAUACUUGCGGGCGCAAACAAAGAAAUACCUGCAAUGGGUUACAUUUUUGUUCGCUAAACACUUUAUAUGUUUUCAUCGACUAUAAUUUUUCAGUGCCUUUGAUACUUGUGACAUUUUUGUCAUACUGAUAAUGGCACAUAAAAUACCUAAUUUGUAAUGUAAUGUAAACAAUAUUAGUUUGAGCACGCUGAUAUUAGACAACAUUUCUUUGAGUGGUUCGAAACUGAGUAGUCAAAAUUUCGAAACUGCAAGUCUUAUAAUCUUAUAAUUUUAAGUCUAAUUUAAAAGUUUAGUACUUCGCACAAUAACUAGCAUAAUCAUUUUAAAAGUAAAAUAUAUAACAAUCUGUAUUAUCUGUAUUGCAUUGGUUUUCAUUAAAAAUAUUCUUUACUGUCAUGUCAAAUUAUCCUAAUCCAUUAUAAGACCCAUUUGUUCCGUCCUUUCGAAACUUUUUUCUGCUAGUUAAAAAAGGGUUUCUGUGCAGCUGCAAAUUUCACACGAAUUCGAAGAGCUCUUUUGAGCUUUUAAAAAAUGAUUUCAAAAAAUCGUUUAAUACAAUAACAUCUGGUCCAAUAUAAUUUAAACAAAUAAUAUAUAUAAUACAAAAGUAACACUCUAAGACAAUAUUCUGCGCAUAUAACACGCACACAUCCACUCUGUAACGCAUUAAAUUUAAAACAAUUACUUCUCAAAGCCCAACAUAGGGUAUGAAAGACUUGAAAUGCAUUUCUAUAUGAUACAGAUUCUUUAUAUAGUUGGUAAGCAUCAUAGAUGCCAAUUUGGAUAACAAUAUAUUAUUUGGUUUUACUAAGGCUCCAGUUACAUGAUACGGUUCGCCCAAGUUUUUGACUAAUUCUGUUAUAUUAUCAUAAUUUUGAGUGCUAAACUCUCCCUGAAACUGUAAAAUUUGAUGUCGCUCCGAUGCGAAUCUGGUCUCGUGUAACUGGGGCCUACGGGACUGGUCAUUAUUUAUGAGGGGGGUUGCAACGAAGAGAAAAGGGUUGGGUAAACAAAAAUUUGAGUGAGUAAAAGGUUGGGUAAAAAAAACAACUCAAAGGUUGGGUAAUGAAAAAUUAUUGUCAUUUCCAAAGCAUGACUCACUCAAAUAUUGAAAACUAAAAAGCAAUGUCAACAGUCAUAUGUCAAUACAAUAUGUAAAUCAAUCAGAGUCACGAUCAUUUUCCAAUUUGUUAUGGGGGAAAUGGUAUAUCUCCAAAAAAAGUACAUGCGCAGACAACAUGAAACUUUAGACUGCAGAAAAUUGCACAAGCAGUUAUCAAACUCGUGUCACAGAAGUGGUAAAGGACAUGUGUGACAACUGAAUGGUGUUGUAUCGUAAAGUUUUCGGCAAGGGGUGGGUAUUUAUUUUUUGUUGAUAUUUGAAGUUGGGUAAAAUUUUUAACACGUUUUAAUGGUUGGAUCGGCAGAGCCUUUUACCAAGAAAAAUAUUUCUCUUCCCCCCCCCCCAGCAUAAAUAAUGACCUAGCUGUCCCUAAGCGCAAUCGCGCAGCAGAUGGUAGGCAACCUGCAGUUAUCAGAGUGACAAAAUAAAAGUUAAAGUGGCACUGUCAUCAAAACUGUAUAGUAACUUCUUUUGAAG